AUGCCCUUUGCGCAACUCGUCCUCGGCAGCCCCGGCUCUGGAAAGAGUACCUACUGCGAUGGCAUGCACCAGUUCCUUGGCGCCAUCGGGCGUGCGUGCUCCGUUGUGAACCUUGAUCCAGCCAACGAUCAUACCAACUACCCUGCGGCGCUCGAUAUUCGCAACCUGAUCAAGCUCGAAGAGAUUAUGCAGGAUGAUAAACUAGGACCUAACGGCGGUAUCCUAUAUGCUCUGGAGGAGCUGGAACAUAAUUUUGAGUGGCUAGAAGAAGGACUGAAGGAGUUGGGCGAGGACUAUAUUCUAUUCGAUUGCCCGGGACAAGUGGAACUGUAUACGCAUCACAACUCGUUGCGCAACAUCUUUUACAAGCUCCAGAAGAUUGGCUUCAGGCUCGUCUCUGUCCACCUCUCCGAUUCCUUCUGCCUGACGCAACCCUCGCUAUACGUCUCCAACGUCCUCCUCUCCUUACGAGCCAUGAUCCAGAUGGACAUGCCACACGUCAACAUCCUCUCCAAGAUCGACAAAGUCUCCGAAUACGAAGAUCUACCCUUCAACCUCGAUUACUACACCGAUGUCGACGACCUAACAUAUCUGACACCCCAUCUCGAGGCCGAAUCCCCAGCGCUAAGAAGCGAAAAGUUUGGCAAGCUCAACGAGGCGAUCGGGAAUCUGAUUGAGAGCUAUGGCCUCGUGCGGUACGAAGUGCUGGCCGUCGAGAACAAGAAGAGCAUGAUGCAUAUUCUCCGAGUCAUUGAUCGUGCUGGUGGCUAUGUCUUUGGUGGUGCUGAAGGUGCCAACGAUACUGUCUGGGCGGUUGCGAUGAGGAACGAGACGUCCAUGUUGGAGGUGCAGGAUAUCCAGGAGCGCUGGAUCGAUCAAAAGGCGGAAUAUGACCGGAUGGAGCGCGAGGCCGAAGAAGAGCAGGCUCGCAUCCAGGAGGAACAGGCCAUGGAGAUUGAACAAUCCAUGCCACCGCCUCAACCAGGCACCUUUGACCCUGACUUUGGGGACAUGUCGGUGCCGGCAGACAGUGGGAUCAAGGUAGUUAGGAAGAAAUAA